AUGGCAUUCAAAUUCGUAGUAUUCGCCGCCUUCGUAGCUGUAGCUCAAUCCGUAAUCGUAGCUCCAGGAUACCAAAGUUACGCCGCUCCAACUGUCCACCAUGGAUACGCCGCUCCAGUAGUAGCCAAAUACUCAGCUGCCCCCGCAGUGGCCACCUCUUACUCCUCAAUUGGACACGCCGCCCCAGCUUACUCUCACGGUUACGCCGCCCCAGUAGUGGCCAAAUACUCUGCCGCUCCAGCCGUAGCCUCCUCUUACUCUUCCAUCGCUCACUCCGCCCCAGCUUACUCACACGGAUACGCCGCCCCUGCCGUAGCUGCUUACGCCGCCCCAGUUGCCAAAGUAGCCUACGCUCCAGUCCAAAAGACAAUAUACGCCGAACCAGAAGCACCAGCUCACUACGACUACGGAUACUCCGUAAACGACCCACACACCGGGGACAGCAAAACCGCUCAGGAAUCCCGCAACGGAGAUGUCGUCAAAGGCUCUUACUCCCUCAUCGAAGCUGACGGUUCUAAACGUAUCGUAGAAUACACCGCUGAUGCCCACAACGGAUUCAACGCCGUAGUCCACAGAGAACCAGCUCAAGUAGCCGUCAAAGCCAUCCAAAAAGUAGCCGUAGCCGCCCCAGUAGCUCACUACGCCGCCCCAGCUUACUCUCACGCCGCCCCAGUCGUAGCCAAAUACUCUGCUGCUCCAGCCGUGGCCACAUCUUACUCCACCGUAGCUCAUGCUGCCCCAGCUUACUCCCACGGUUACGCCGCCCCAGUAGUAGCAAAAUAUGCUGCCCCAGCUCCAGCUUACUACCACUGA